AUGGCUGCAGCAAAGUACUCCCGCCGUCCCAGCUACCUGGAAGGCCCAUUGUCUCCUUCAAUCAUUCCCGAUCUGGCUAUUCUGCCCCAACCCCUCCCUGCCAACACAGUCUCGUGUGGACAGUUGGUCUCCAAGUCAUCCAAGCAUACACCGAAAACACUAGAAGACCGUGACUACGAUGAUGUAGGCACGCGAUGGUACAAAGACGUAAUCUUCUUCAACUCGGAGAACGGUCACUUCGUUGAGAGCUUUGGUGGUGCCCACCUAGUACAAAAGCCGCUUGACAAGGGCACCGAGGCCGGCACCAUCGAGGCGGAAGAGCAAAGUGUAAGAAUGCUGAAAGACGCAGAAGCCGCUCUGAAGAAGGUCUGGCAAGAUGAAGAAGCCAAGAAGUGGAUCAAGGAGCAAGACGAAGUCGGCUUUGUGGUCGCUCAUCGACAGGUUGCCAACGCGAGCUAUAGGCGAGCUAGGCUCGUCGAUGUUGGCAACAACAACUGGGAAGUCGUACGUGAGGUAGGCGGCGAGGAUGCUUCGGGCAAGCGGAGGGACUCGGGUCUACCCAUCGAUACCAAUAGCAAGUGGGACGUUGUAGGCGUUGUCGUCAGGAAGAUCAUCGUGGAUGGUGACGAUGUCAAGCUCGGCGAGGAAAUGGGUGCUCAGUACUGUAGCUGA